AUGGGAUUAUUUGGGCAUAAGAAAAAGGAUAAAGAUGAUUCUAAACGCAAAGGAGCAAAUGCACCACCCCCUCCUCCCCCUGCUGGUGCACCACCACCACCUUCAGGAGGAAUGCCACCACCCCCUCCUCCCCCUGCUGGUGCACCACCACCACCUGUUGGAAUGCCACCACCACCAUCAAAUCAUAGCAUGCCAAAACCUUCAUCUGCUGGUAGAGGUGAUUUAUUGUCUCAAAUUCAAAAAGGAAAGAAAUUAAAUAAAUGUGAAACUAUAGAUAAAUCAAAACCAAUGAUAGAACAACCCAAAGGUGGAAUGGGAGGAGGAAUGCCUAUGGGAGGAGGUAAUCCUAUGAUGGCAGCUAUUGCUGCAAGAGGUAAUCGAGGAGGACCUGCACAACAUUCAAUGGGAGGAAUGCCAUCAAGAGGUGCACCAGCACCACGAGGAAUGCCAUCAAGAGGUGCACCAGCGCCAAGGGGAAUGCCGUCAAGAGGAAGAGGAGGAAUGAUGCCGCCAACACAAGCACCAGAACCUGAAGAACAAGAAACACCAGUUAUGCAUACAGCACCACGAGGAAUGCCACCAAGAGGAAGUCCAGCACCAAGAGGUAUGCCAAGGGGUGGUCCAAGAGGAGCACCAAGAGGAAGAGGAGGAAUGAUGCCACCAACACAAGCACCAGAACCUGAAGAACAAGAAACACCAGUCAUGCAUACAGCACCACGAGGAAUGCCAAGGGGUAUGCCAUCAAGAGGAAGUCCAACACCACGAGGUAUGCCAAGGGGUGGUCCAAGAGGAGCACCAAUGGGAGGAAUGAUGCCACCUCCUCCUCCAAGUAAUUGUCCACCACCUCCUCCAUCAAACAACUUACCACCACCUGGUCCUGCUAAUGUACCACCACCAUCAUCUGCUGGUAGAGGUGAUUUAUUGUCUCAAAUUCAACGAGGAACUAAAUUGAAGAAAACUACAACAGUAGAUAAAUCAGCACCAGCUAUUGGCAAGUCAAGCAAUUCAUCAUCAAGUGGAAUGGGAGGAGGAAUGCCUAUGGGAGGAGGUAAUCCAUUAAUGGCAGCUAUUGCUGCACGAGCAAACAGAGGAGGAUCUACACCACAUCCAACACGAGGAGCACCAGCACCACGAGGAAUGCCAUCAAGAGGAAGAGGAGGAAUGAUGCCACCAACACAAGCACCAGAACCUGAAGAACAAGAAACACCAGUUAUGCAUACAGCACCACAAGGAAUGCCACCAAGAGGAAGUCCAGCACCAAGAGGUAUGCCAAGGGGUGGUCCAAGAGGAGCACCAAGAGGAGCACCAAGAGGAGCACCAAGAGGAGCACCAAGAGGAGCACCAAGAGGAGCACCAAGAGGAGCACCAAGAGGAAGAGGAGGAAUGAUGCCACCAACACAAGCACCAGAACCUGAAGAACAAGAAACACCAGUCAUGCAUACAGCACCACGAGGAAUGCCAAGGGGUAUGCCAUCAAGAGGAAGUCCAGCACCACGAGGUAUGCCAAGGGGUGGUCCAAGAGGAGCACCAAUGGGAGGAAUGAUGCCACCUCCUCCUCCAAGUAAUUGUCCACCACCUCCUCCAUCAAACAAUCUACCACCACCUGGUCCUGCUAAUGUACCACCACCAUCAUCUGCUGGUAGAGGUGAUUUAUUGUCUCAAAUUCAACGAGGAACUAAAUUGAAGAAAACUACAACAGUAGAUAAAUCAGCACCAGCUAUUGGCAAGUCAAGCAAUUCAUCAUCAAGUGGAAUGGGAGGAGGAAUGCCUAUGGGAGGAGGUAAUCCAUUAAUGGCAGCUAUUGCUGCACGAGCAAACAGAGGAGGAUCUACACCACAUCCAACACGAGGAGCACCAGCACCACGAGGAAUGCCAUCAAGAGGUGCACCAGCUGGAGGUAUACCAUCAAGAGGUGCACCAGCUCCUAGAGGAAUGCCAUCAAGAGGAAGAGGAGGAAUGAUGCCACCAACACAAGCACCAGAACCUGAAGAACAAGAAACACCAGUUAUGCAUACAGCACCACGAGGAAUGCCAAGGGGUAUGCCAUCAAGAGGAAGUCCAACACCACGAGGUAUGCCAUCAAGAGGAGCACCAAUGGGAGGAAUGAUGCCACCUCCUCCUCCAUCAAACAACUUACCACCACCUGGUCCUGCUAAUGUACCACCACCAUCAUCUGCUGGUAGAGGUGAUUUAUUGUCUCAAAUUCAACGAGGAACUAAAUUGAAGAAAACUACAACAGUAGAUAAAUCAGCACCAGCUAUUGGCAAGUCAAGCAAUUCAUCACCAAGUGGAAUGGGAGGAGGAAUGCCUAUGGGAGGAGGUAAUCCAUUAAUGGCAGCUAUUGCUGCACGAGCAAACAGAGGAGGAUCUACACCACAUCCAACACGAGGAGCACCAGCACCACGAGGAAUGCCGUCAAGAGGAAGAGGAGGAAUGAUGCCACCAACACAAGCACCAGAACCUGAAGAACAAGAAACACCAGUUAUGCAUACAGCACCACAAGGAAUGCCACCAAGAGGAAGUCCAGCACCAAGAGGUAUGCCAAGGGGUGGUCCAAGAGGAGCACCAAGAGGAAUGCCAAGAGGAAGAGGAACUGCAAUGUGAAUUUGAUGAUGAAUAUUAAGAAGAGAUUCAUUUCCAAGUCUA